CGCUCCUCCAAUGACACGAGUCCACAUGCAGCUCGGGGAAGAGAGGCAGCGGUGAGGCGCUUUCAUAAAGCCAGACCGAGAGCACCGAGUGGAAGCACAGAGAGCUGCGCCACGGUGAGGCAGGAAGCAGCACCGGGAAGACUGGACCGAAUGCAGACCCGAACACAGAACACUGCCGCAGACAGUUUCACACCGACAGCGGAGACAAGCGGACCCUCUCACUGACCUUCAUCCGGACAAGAAAGAGAAGUUUGGCUCACUCAUACAGAAAAGAAAUAUUCGUCAUUCCUGUGAGGAUAAUCUCAACAGGGGUUGGGGGAACAGGUUACACAGCCGUGGACAGCUAACCGAGAGUGAAUGCACAGCUCGCAGUUGGCAGACUCAUUAUUCCUCCGAAAGUACUGACAGAGCCACCGGGUCUCCAGUCCUCACACUGUCAAUCAGGUGAAGCUCAGCCGGAAGGAUCCGUCCGCCAUGGAGAACACUCACACGAAGACUGUGGAAGAAGUUUACAGUUAUUUCUGCGUCAAUGAAAGCACAGGACUUUCCCUGGACGAGGUGAAACGGCAGAAGGAGAAAUGGGGCCUAAACGAGUUACCAGCAGAGGAAGGGAAAUCUUUAUGGGAGCUCGUCCUAGAACAGUUUGAAGAUCUGCUUGUUCGAAUUCUCCUGCUGGCUGCGUGCAUAUCUUUCGUCCUGGCCUGGUUUGAGGAGGGAGAAGAAACAAUCACAGCGUUUGUGGAGCCUUUUGUCAUUUUACUUAUUCUUAUAGCCAACGCCAUCGUCGGAGUGUGGCAGGAACGCAACGCUGAGGAUGCCAUCGAGGCUCUGAAAGAGUAUGAGCCCGAGAUGGGGAAGGUGUACCGGCAGGACAGAAAAACUGUGCAGAGGAUCAAGGCCAGAGACAUCGUACCGGGUGACAUUGUGGAAGUGGCUGUUGGAGACAAGGUACCUGCAGACAUCCGCAUCUGUUCAAUCAAGUCAACAACUCUGAGGGUAGACCAGUCCAUUCUGACAGGUGAAUCUGUGUCUGUCAUCAAACACACUGAUCCCGUCCCUGACCCUCGAGCAGUCAAUCAAGACAAGAAGAACAUGCUCUUUUCUGGUACCAACAUUGCUGCGGGGAAGGCUGUGGGUGUGGUCGUGGCCACAGGUGUAAACACAGAAAUCGGUAAGAUCCGUGACGAGAUGGCGGCCACGGAACAGGAGAAGACGCCUCUGCAGCAGAAGCUGGAUGAAUUCGGUCAGCAGCUGUCCAAAGUCAUUUCCCUCAUCUGCAUUGCCGUGUGGAUCAUCAACAUCGGCCACUUCAACGACCCCGUUCAUGGCGGUUCCUGGAUCCGUGGAGCAGUCUAUUACUUUAAGAUUGCCGUGGCUCUGGCUGUUGCCGCCAUUCCUGAGGGUCUUCCUGCUGUGAUCACUACCUGCCUAGCUCUGGGUACCCGGCGCAUGGCCAAGAAGAAUGCUAUUGUCCGCAGCCUGCCCUCUGUGGAGACCCUGGGCUGCACCUCUGUCAUCUGCUCUGACAAAACUGGUACUUUGACCACCAACCAGAUGUCUGUCUGCAGAAUGUUCAUACUCAACAAAGCAGAAGGCGAAAGCUGCUCUCUGUCAGAAUUCACCAUCACAGGUUCAACCUACGCCCCUGAAGGAGAAGUGUACCAGGACAGCAAACAAGUGAAAUCCUCCCAGUAUGAUGGUCUGGUUGAACUGGCCACCAUCUGUGCCCUGUGUAAUGACUCCUCCCUGGACUUCAACGAGGUGAAGGGUGUGUAUGAGAAGGUCGGCGAAGCCACGGAGACGGCGCUGACUUGUCUGGUGGAGAAGAUGAAUGUCUUUGACACAGAAGUCCACAACCUGUCCAAGAUUGACAGAGCCAACGCUUGCAACUCGGUGAUCAAACAGCUGAUGAAGAAGGAGUGCACCCUCGAGUUCUCCAGGGACAGAAAGUCAAUGUCUGUCUACUGCACCCCGAACAAGUCUCGUUCCACCAUGGGCAAGAUGUUUGUAAAGGGGGCCCCUGAAGGAGUCAUCGACAGAUGCACUCACGUGCGAGUGGGCAACACUAAAGUCCCGCUAACACAAGGCAUCAAGGAAAUGAUCAUGUCUGUUAUUCGCGAGUAUGGAACAGGUCGGGACACACUGAGGUGUUUGGCUCUGGCCACACGAGACAGCCCUCCUAAAAUAGAGGACAUGAUACUGUCCGACACCGCUAAGUUCACAGAAUAUGAGUCCGACCUCACCUUCGUUGGCUGUGUUGGCAUGCUGGACCCACCCAGGCAGGAGGUGGCCGCGUCCAUCAAGCUGUGCCGCCAGGCUGGCAUUCGGGUCAUCAUGAUCACGGGCGACAACAAAGGCACAGCUGUGGCCAUUUGCCGGCGCAUCGGCAUCCUGAUGGAGGAUGACGAUAUAGAGCACAUGGCCUUCACCGGACGGGAGUUUGAUGAACUGUCACCCUACGCUCAGCGGGAGGCCGUGACCAAAGCUCGGUGCUUUGCCCGUGUCGAGCCCUCCCACAAGUCCAAGAUCGUGGAGUUCCUGCAAGGAUUUGAUGAAAUAACAGCCAUGACAGGAGAUGGAGUGAACGAUGCUCCUGCUCUGAAGAAGGCAGAGAUCGGCAUUGCAAUGGGUUCUGGCACUGCCGUGGCCAAGUCCGCCUCAGAGAUGGUCCUUGCGGAUGACAACUUCUCCUCUAUAGUGGCUGCCGUGGAAGAGGGCAGAGCUAUCUACAAUAACAUGAAGCAGUUUAUCAGAUACCUUAUCUCCUCUAACGUGGGUGAGGUCGUCUGCAUCUUCCUGACUGCGGCUUUGGGUUUCCCUGAGGCUCUGAUCCCAGUUCAGCUGCUCUGGGUCAAUCUGGUGACAGACGGCCUUCCUGCCACCGCCCUUGGCUUCAACCCACCGGAUCUGGACAUCAUGGAGAAGCCUCCUCGCAAUGCCAAGGAGCCUUUGAUCUCUGGCUGGCUGUUUUUCAGAUAUCUGGCUAUUGGAGGCUAUGUGGGCGCUGCCACAGUGGGAGCUGCUGCCUGGUGGUUUACAGUCUCUGAGGAUGGACCACAGAUCACUUUAUACCAGCUGAGCCACUUCCUGCAGUGCAGCCCUGACAACCCUGAAUUCGAAGGUUUGGACUGCCACGUGUUUGAGUCGCCAUAUCCAAUGACCAUGGCCCUCUCUGUGCUCGUCACUAUAGAGAUGUGCAACGCUCUGAACAGUCUGUCAGAGAACCAAUCCCUGGUUCGGAUGCCUCCCUGGGAGAACAUUUGGCUGCUGGGGGCCAUCUGCCUCUCCAUGUCGCUCCACUUCCUUAUCCUCUACGUGGAGCCUCUACCUGUCAUCUUCCAGAUCACUCCUCUGGACACAACCCAGUGGAUGAUGGUGCUGAAGAUCUCCCUUCCCGUUAUCCUGCUAGAUGAGCUGUUGAAGUUUUCUGCCAGGAACUACUUGGAACUGGGUAAACAGCUGGAGAAGCCGACUAGCAGAGGCUGCUCCCUGUCUGCAUGCACCGAGGGCAUCUCCUGGUCCUUUGUGGCCAUCUCCCUGCCCCUGGUGCUGUGGAUCUACAGCACCGACACUAACGUGACCGCCAUGUUGUGGCCCUGACUGACUCCAGUGCACUAGCCUUCCUGCACAUCUGUGUGAAGUGGACAUUAACACACACCUAACAGUUACAUUAACUAAGAAUAACUCGUCGUAAACAUUUGCACCUGCUUUGACCACUGUCAAACAUGUUCUAUUUACAUUUCCACUGAUACAUAUGUUCUUUGGGUUGUGGGGGUUGAAGGGGGCUGGUAUUUAGUCAUAUUUUAAUGACUGAUUGCGCAUCUGUUAUUUUCCUACCAGGCGUCUCCCCUCUUUGAGCACCACUGUGACCAGUUAGGGGAGCCUCUGAUGGUGGAGCUUUGUGUUUAGCUGUACAGAUAAUUUACACUAUUUUCUAUUAAUAUUUUGUAAUUUUAGGAAGGGGACAAAGAGUCUCAGUGUGUGAAGAGGGACAUGUGUGAUUCUAAAAACUGAAAAGUGCAGAACUAAAAUGAGGGCAAUGUCUUGCGAUAUAUGAAUCUCAGUUAUUUCUGAACUCUGUACACCUUCAUUAUUUUCUGCACUAGGCAGAGCGCAGCUACCUCAAUGCUGUUAUUAUGACCAGAAGUACCCAUUUAUCUAAAUAGCCUUUCAAAGGUUAUCACUAAAAGUGUUGAGGUACAUACCACUUUGUUUUGCAACUCACAUGCUCACACAUUUUAAUCUUUUCUUAUAUUUAAAUAUUGUUUUCUGGUUUUUAUGUAAAAAAAAAAAAAGACAAAAAUGUUUUACCAGUUUGUUUAACAGCAACCUUUGAUACAGCCUGUUGUUAAAUAUACAGAUGCAGACAAAUGAGUUGGGACCCCUGGUAAAGGUGUUUAAAAAGCUUUAAAAAAUUGAUUUAAUCUGAGUACAUUUAUUCAAUGGGGGUUUCAUAACACAUUUUUAACAAAAUCAAACAAUCCCUUUGAAUGAAUGUAUCUGAAGCAUUAUUUUCAUUUAUACUUUACAUUUAUUCUAAUUAGAUAAAUAAAUGUCUAAAUUCUGGUUAGUAAUGCAUGACGUUCUGUUUCCCUGGCGUAUGAAUAUGAUGUGACACAGAGGCCCAUUUCUUCUAGCUACUAGGCUGGGGGCUGGUGAGGAUCCAUAUGUAACUUACCACCACAAACCGUGAGCAGGGCAGUCAGAAAGUUUUAGAAAAGCUCCAGAGUUCACCAUGUCAGGGUCACUAAGUCUCCAUGACAACCAUUAGGCUCUGCUGGGGCUUUAACUGGAACGGUGCGAUUUGUUUAGAUCAGACUAACAGCAAACUCUUCCAGGUGGAUUUGUCAAGAAACAAAAGGAUGGAAGAAUAUAAGACCCACUUGUGUUAAGUAAGGUAGUGGAUUUGUGAUGCUGUGGGCCUGUUUCUCUUCCAAAGGCCUUCAGAACCUUGUUAGGUUUUAUGGCAUCAUACAAACGCUAAUAUACCCGGUGACUGGAAAUAAAACCUGGUGCAAUCUAUCAGAAAACUGAAAAUAAGGCUUAAGCAUUAUGAUGAUCAUUAACAAAUGGCCAAAUCAACACAGAAAUGUUUAAUCAGACGUAAAAUCGACCUUCUUUGGCCACCUCAGUCUCCAGACCUAAAUCGUAUAGAUAACUUAUGAGGUGAGCUGAGAACAAAAAAACAUUAGAAAGGAACGAGAAGUCUAGACAAUCUAGACAGAUUGUGCAAAGAUGGAUCCCUCUCUCUGUUCACUCCUACCUUGAAGUGUUUCAGGAGAAGACUAAGUGCUGUCCUGUUAGCAAAAAGGAGUUGUACAAAGUAUUAAAAGCAGGGAUGCCAAUAAUUGUUCAGAGUAAAUGUACUCUAAUUAAAGGUUGGAUUUAAAAAAAAUCCAAUGUAAGAUUAUGCUACUACAGUCAAAUAUGAAUUUACUGAACAUUAAGCAAACAUUAACUUAACAUUUAGUACAUAUCUAUACCAAAGGUGUCAACAGAUUUCUCUGCAUCUGUGUGUACUUGAAGAAAACACUUUUUUUUUUUAUCUUAAGCUUUUUCCGUUAGAUUCCGUCUUCUUUUGUUCAUAAUGUUAUGACCUAAAUACGUGAGUAUCGAGCACAUACAGUACUUGAAUAUGUAAAAAAAAAAAAAAAAAAAAAGCACCAAGCAGCCGUCAAGUCUUAUCAGCAGAGCACAACAUGAACAGUUAAAAAAUGACUCGUGAGGCUAAAACAGCUGAUGUAUAUCUGUACAUAGAAUACAAAGUAGAAUCUAUGUGUAUUUUAUUUGUUUAAGUGGAAAAGCAGUAAACAUCAACACUAGUUUACUUACAGUGUGGACGUAGCCUCUCUGGAGGCAUGCCUACUUCACGCCAGCGCUGGUUCUGUUUCUAGAUUAGAUUAACUGUCGGGUCCUCCACAGGUGAGAUCACUCUAAUCUGCAUGCCAGCUACCAGCGUCUGCUCAUCACUGCUGUAUGUUUGUUAAGCUUUAACAGAAACACUUUAAGGUACAGAAACAGAGUGCCACCAAGUGCCAGUGCCACACUGACUAGGAAUGGAAAGCGUUUAUGUAUUGAUGCUUAGUGUCACUGGUGCUGCUUGUUUUUGAUUGUGAGACUGGCAGAAACAAGUGCCCAUACACUAUUACAGGAUAUAACCUUUUAUUAUCAUUUAAUAAGGCUUGUGUUUUGUUGUGACCCGCUUCAGUCCCAUCGUGAUGAUUUUCUUGUCAGAUAUUCUUGCACAUGAUUUCUGCCAUCUGAUUUCUUUCUUCCUGUCUUUCUCUUUGUUUUUGUUUUUUACAGGAAAGGACAAGUAGGCUCAACCGCUGCAUUUUCUUUUUCAGAAUCAUUGGGUUUUGUUUUGUGUGCAUGUGUGUUUUGAGCAGCACAUCUUUGCAAAGAGCUGCAUGCUGCGAUGUGAUCCUGUGACAGGGGGCUCGUUAAGUUUAUCCAACAUUUUAGAAACGCAGUAAAUGAAUGUCUAUCCCAGUCAGUCCCAGUUUGUUGUCCUUCCUGCAUGAGGAGCCUUGGAUUAAACAUUUAUCCCUCCAUCUUUGUAGGCUAAUAUAAUACACUGUGCAGGUCAUUCAUUUCUUCCUGCUGCAUGUCUGCUCAGUCAGCUGUUUUAUCAGAACCUUCUAAUGAACAGUGUGUAGUAUUAGUAAACACAUCUAUUAGACAUUCGUCAGAUAGUACAAAUGUCAGUCAGUCAGUCAUUUUUUACCGCUUAUUCCAUAGUGGGUCGCGGGGAAGCUGGUGUCUAUCUCCAGCAGACUAUGGGCGAGAGGCGGGGUACACCCUGGACAGGUCGCAAGUCCAUCGAAGAGUACAAAUGUUAUGAAGCUUAAAAAUCUGUUAAUUUUUUUUUCUAAGGAAAUACUUUUAUGCGAUAUUUGAAAACAAAACUUAGCUUUUUUUUUUUUCUUUGUUCUUUGCUUUGCACUGAGAUGUGCAACAUGUUUGGAGGAUAUUUUGCCAUAUCUGGGAAGGCGGAUGUGCAGUGGUGCAUAUGUUUAACUGUAAGUAAGUCAGGCAGUACCUCCACUGGCAUUUUGUUGCCAAACUGCUGUACUGUAUUUUCAGAUAAUUGUACUAUGUUUCCCAUGAACCGUUUCAGGUAAAUAAAAGUGUCAUACAUGAGGAAUUUA